AUGGCCUUGGCCAUGACCUCCUCGUCCCCGCAGCCACCGUCCCCUUCCCACCGCCGCCUUCGUCGCUCGCAACCCGCCACCCCCACCCCCAAUGCCAACCCCAAACCUAAACCCAAACCCAGGGCCAAGGCCCUCCCCCUCCUCUCCGACGUCGGCGUCGGCCGCGACCCCGCCGCCAUCAAGUACUACGCCCGCGUCGCAUCCAGCCUCGCGGGCGCCGGCCGCCUCCGCGAUUUCCUCCUCGCCGCCGAGGGCCUCCGCGCAGCCGCGGGCGACGAACCCAGCUUCGCGGCGCGCAUCAGCGCCCGUCUCCUGUCGCGCGGCGUCGCCGCCGCUGUCCGCGAGCGCGGACUGCCCUUCGUGCUCGAGUUCUUCCGAGACGCCGAGCGCGUGCGCGUCCCCGCAGUCGAGAUGCGCGGACUCCGCCGCUUCGCCGGCGCCUGCUCGAGUUCUUCCGAGACGACGAGCGUGGAGGUCGUCGCGUCCCCCCAAUAUAUGUCAUAUCAUAACGUUGGCAUGAAGUCUAUGCUUCAGCUGUUUCUCCAGAACUUAUUAGAACUUGGCAGCACUACUGCUAAGGAUAAACAUGUUGUGACUCUUAAUGACUUGGAGAUGCAGACAAACAUAACUAGCAGGUAUGCACGCAUAUUUCCUAAUUCCCAACUUUUACUCUGCAAUACCAUGGAAGCUUUUGGAAAAAGAAAGGAGUUGAAAAAUGCUUUAUUGGUCUUUGGAGCCCUUAAGGACCAGCUUGGAGGCAUCAAUAUGUUUGCAUGCCGAAGUAUAAUAGAUAUAUGUGGCCAUUGUGGCUCUUCUGUACAGGCUCGAAUUAUAUUUGAGGGGCUGCUCGCUGAUAAGAUUACUCCAAAUACCUACGUCUUCAACAGCCUAAUGAAUGUUAAUGCCUAUAGCUUGAGCUACAACUUUUCAGUCUACAAGCAUAUGCAAAAUCUCGGUGUCCCUCCUGAUUUGACUUCAUAUAAUAUUCUUCUGAAGACAUGCUGCAAUGCCAGAGAAUUCAACUUGGCUCAAGAAAUUUAUAAAGAAAUGAAGAAAAAGGAACGUAAUGGCCUUUUAAAGCUAGAUGUUUUCACAUAUAGUACAAUGAUGAAGGUGUUUGCAGAUGCAAAAAUGUGGAAGAUGGCUUCCAACAUCAAAGAGGAUAUGCAAGUGAAUGGGAUUCUUCUUAACCUAGUAACAUGGUCAUCGUUAAUCAACGCUUAUGCAAAUUCUGGUCUGGUCGAUCGUGCAAUAGAGAUCCUUGAAGAAAUGAUAAGGGAUGGCUGCCAACCUACAGCCCCAUGCUUCAAUAUUAUCCUUACUGCUUGUGUCAAGUCAUGCCAAUACGAUAGAGCUUUCCGCUUGUUCUACAGUUGGAAGGAGUCUGGUAUCAAGAUAUCUCUAUCCCCUGAACAGAAGAGAGGUCUUGAUGGUGGCUUUACAUUCUGUAAAGAGUAUCCUAGUAAUGGCAGUACUAUAUUGGUGGUUCCAUUCAGGCCAACAGUCACAACCUAUAACAUCUUGAUGAAGGCUUGUGGUACUAAUGCAGAACGUGCAAAGUCUGUAAUGAACGAAAUGAGGCGGAAUGGCCUUUGUCCUGAUCUUAUUAGCUGGUCUAUACUCAUGGAUAUUUAUGGAACUUCUCAAAAUAGGGAUGGAGCUGUUCAGGCACUAAGGAGAAUGCAGCGAGUUGGGAUGAGACUUAAUGUCUCUGCAUAUACUGUUGCUAUUAAGGCAUGUGUUGAAAACAAAGAUUUGAAGUUAGCACUGCACUUGUUUGAAGAAAUGAAAACACACCAACUGAAGCCCAAUUUGGUGACGUACAAAACUCUCCUGGCAGCACGCAGCAAUUAUGGAUCACUACAGGAGGUCCAGCAGUGUUUAGCAAUAUAUCAGGAAAUGAGGAAAGCAGGGUAUCAGGCAAAUGACUAUUAUCUCAAGGAAUUAAUAGUGGAAUGGUGUGAAGGAGUUCUGUCUAGCCGUAGUGAUAAUCAAGAUUUUUACAAUUUGGAUCUACAACCUAAGAGGAAAGAAUCGUUCAACCUGUUUCUUGAGAAAGUCGUAACAGUCUUGCAAAAAGAUACUGAUCAGAACCAAAUUGUCGAUGUUCGUGGCCUUUCGAAGGUUGAAGCUCGAAUUGUUGUUCUCUCUGUACUUCGAAAGAUCAAAGAGCAAUACCUCCUAGGAAGAGUGGUCCAGGAUGAUGUGGUUAUCGUCACAGGUCAUGAGAAGACAUCAAGAGCUGAAGCUGAAACUAAUGCAGUUGACGUCGUGCAGGCAAUAGUUACUGUUUUGACGACUGAUCUGGGUCUUGAAGUUUUGAUUGGACCUGGAAGCCGCCCUCCUGUUUCAUCAAAACCCAAAGCACCGACUAAAUCUAGAAGUAAUUUAGAGCAAAUAUCAAAAGAAUUUACUAGGAGACCACAGGGAAUGAUAAAAAUCCCUAUCAACUCACUGAACCAUUGGUUGAAGAAGAAAGCCGUGAGGACUGCAGAGUGA